GGUCUUUUAGUAUCUCGCUUAACAGUGUCGAUAAACAUGUCUCGUGAGGUGUCAGGGAAAAUUAUUGUUAUAACUGGAGCCGCGAGCGGCCUCGGCCACGGUAUGGCUGAUAAUUUUCUUCAAAAAGGAGCAAAAACAGUAAUAAUUCUGGACAUCGAUGAAAGUAAAGGCCAAGAAGCUGUUUCAUCCUUUAACAGGAAAUACGGGAAUAACCGAGCAGUGUUCAUAAAGUGCAAUGUGUGUACAGAUCUAGAUCAAGUUUAUGAUAAGAUCACGAAGGAUUAUAAUGAUAUCGAUUGUCUCAUCAACAAUGCUGGGAUCUUCGACGAGAAUAAUUUAGAAGGAACCAUCGGCAUAAACGUCACGGCGUUAAUCAACUGGUCGAUGAAAUUCUAUGAUUAUAUGAGAGUCGACAGAGGGGGGAAAGGAGGUAUCAUCAUCAAUGUUUCAUCGAUAUACGGCUAUAGAAUUAUGCCUUAUAUUCCAUUUUAUCAUGCAUCUAAAUAUGCCGUGAUAGGAUUUUCUAAAUCAUUAGGACAUGAAAUGAACUUUAAAAGGACUGGAGUUUGUAUCGCAACUUUGUGCCCAGGACUGACCUUCUCAAGCAUGACGAGUGAGCCGCGGAUAAAGGAAAAAGAAUUGGAGGAACCAUUUUUAAAUGAUUUGCAAAAAGAUUACGAAUGGCAAUAUCCCGAAGCAAUCGGAAAAGGCACCGUUGAAAUUUUUGAAAAAGCUGAAUCUGGUAGCGUUUGGCUCGUUGAAGGUUCGAGACCAGCAGAGAAAAUAAAUGUUUGAGUCUCAAAUAAAACAUAUAUUAUAGAACUAUCAAUAAACUUGGAAAUUAUAAAUGCUAUGGAAAAUUCUAUGUAAAUAUGACAAGUUUAAAUAAAUGAUCUAGACAGACGUCAUAAGAUUGUAAGAUAAGAUCCUCAGAAACCAUGCAUAACAUUUAUAAAACGCUUCACUUUUAUGACACUUUGUUAAAAAUAAAUGCAAAGAUUACAAUAAUUAUUAGGUAGAUGUUAACAUUGUAAUUGUUUUCAAGCAAUGGUCUUAAAGUUUGCUACUUAACUAUUACGUUUUAGAUUCUCGUGCAAACGAGGUAUUGUAUAUUACUAUGUUUAAACAUAUAUUUUUUGUAAUCAUUUGAUAUUAAAUAAAUAAUGUGUUUUUAAAAAGGUGAAGGCUGUCGUAUAUCUCAAAGCAAAGAUUAAAUUAACCUACACAAUUAUAAAAAA